AUGUCCGAUCUUCAUCAACUCAUCCAUCGACAGCGACCAGGACCAUGGCAAAAGUUCCUUGCCCAGCCACUCGUCUAUCUCUCACAAAUGCUAUACCACUGGCACAAACCAAUCCUCGCCAAACCUCUCAAGAACGCCAUCGAAAUCAUCUGUAUCUCCGAUACCCACAAUGCCCAACCGCCCAUUCCAACCGGCGACAUCCUCAUUCACGCAGGUGAUCUCACACAAUCCGGCACGUUUGCCGAGCUCUAA